AUCAUUAACCCUCGUCUAGUUUCUAUCUGUAAACCCCUGUACAACAAUAUUCGCCUUUGUAUCAUAAAAUCAUUCAUUUAUUGACCAAAAAAAAUAUAUAAUUUAAGUAAAAACUCAUUGCCAAUCAGCAUAAACAUAUCAAUUUAUAUUAAAUAGUAUAUAUUUAUAUAAAUUUUUUUAAUAUUUAAUAAUAAUUAUGUGUGUGUGUGCUAUUGUGAAGUUUAUUUUUAACUGUAUAAUAAUUGACAGAUAUAAUGUUGUUUAUAAAUAAAUAUGAACCGGUAAUUUGUGAUGAUAAAAUAAAAAUUAAAUUUAUAUCAUACCUAUUUUAAAUUAUUAAAUAAUUUAAAUAGCAUUAUUCAUAAUAUAUUUAAUGAAAUAUGCUCACUGAAAUGGUCCGUUUGUCUUAUCAGCAUCGGGCAUUUUAUUGCUAUGUUAUACUGAGUGUUUGGAUAUUUCUUCUUGUUGCUGGAAUGUAUAAAUACAUGGGAGUUGAUGAAAAUAAUUCAUUUCAAGUAAAACCAAUAAGUAGUGAUCACCCAAUUCGUGAAUUUUCACGUCAUUUUAAACCAGAUAUUAAAACGAAAAGAAUAUUUAAACUGUGUAAUCCACCAGAUGAUAUAAAUCCUGGAGUUGAAGGUAAAAUUGAUUCUAAUUUAACACUUGAAGGUGUUUUUAUAUUUAUUCGUCAUGGUGAUAGAGGACCACUUGCUCAUAUUCGUAAUAUCAGUACAGUUAAUUGUGCUGGUGAUUUAAAAAAAAAUACAAUAUAUGAAAGUUAUAAAAAUUUUUUAGAUAAUGCAACAUUAUAUUAUCGUUCAAUAUGGUCACAAUUUUUAGGACCAUUUCAUGGUUUUCCAAUGUUACCAUCAAAUACAAAAUAUUGUAAAAUUGGUGAAUUAACAACACUUGGUAUUGGACAACUAUUAAAAACUGGAUUACUAUUAAAAAAUGCAUAUUUUAAUAAAUUAAAUUUUUCUAAUAAUACAAUAACAACAAAUGACAUUGUUAUUUAUAGCACAAGAUACAGAAGAACUGUACAAAGUGCAAUUGCAUUAUUAUAUACAUUUUUAAAUGAUGAUAAUGAUAAUAAUAAUAAUUAUCAAAAUUUUGCUAAAUUAACAUUAAAAGAAAGUUCAAGUUAUACAUUUUGUAAUAAUGAAUGUGCUUGUCCAAUUGCUGAUAAAUAUUUAAAGAAAUUUUACAAAGAAACUGGAAAUCGUUUAAAAUCACAUCCAGCAGUUGGUGAAUUAAUAAAACAAUCAUCAAAAAUAGUAUUUGAAAUGCCAGAUCAAAUGAAAACAACUCAUCCAUAUAAUUUACGUGAUGCAUUAUUAACAUAUAUUUGUCAUGGUGCAUCAUUACCAUGUAUUAAUAAUAAUUCACGUCAAUGUAUUAAAAGUGAACAUAUAACUGGUUUAUUUGCUUAUACAGAAUGGGAAUCACGUUUAAAUAUUAAAAGUAUUAAUCGUAAAAAAUAUGGUUUAUUACGUGCAUAUGGUAUGUUAAAAAAUAUUGUUAAUCAUAUGGUACAAAUGAUAUCUGAAUCAAAACCAAAAAUAGUAUUAUUUUCUGGACAUGAUAAAACAUUAGAAUAUUUAUCAAUUGCACUUGGUAUAUUAUCUGAUAAUACAAUAUUACCACAUUAUGCAACAAGAUUUAUCAUUGAAAUUUGUCGUACAAAUAAUAAUAAUAAUAUUAAUAAUAAUAAUGAUGCAAAUGAUUAUUAUUUUCGUGUUAUUGUUAAUGGUAAAGAUGUCACUCAAACAAUACCAUUUUGUAAAUUUACAAAUUAUUAUAGUGCAAGUUAUAUUGAUAAAAAUAAUGAUGGUGAUUAUUAUCGUAAAGAAUAUAAAUUAUGUUCAAUUGAAUCAAUUAUACGACAAAUUCAUGAUGAUUAUUUUUCACCAUUUAAUGCAACUAAUUUUAAAGAUGCUUGUACCAAUUAAAUUAUUAACUUUUUUUUUAUUUAUUAAUGAAAAAGAUUUUUUUAUUAGAUAUUUAUUAAUUUAGUAAUUGUAAAUAUGUGAAUAAUUUUGAAUAAUGUUAAUUUGUUUGAAAGUAUAUCGCCAAUAAUGUGUUGACAAUGGAAAUAAUCAUAAUUAAUUAAUAUAGCAUAUCAUUAGAUUAUAAACGAAAUGAUUUAUAGAAAAUUUAGCGUCCAAGAAGAAAUUAAGUGUAGAUUAUAUAAUUUAAAAAUAAAUAUACAUCUAAAGUACUUCCAACGAAUGAUGAUUUAAAUAAAUAAAUAUAUACAAUAUUUGAAAAUUAUUAAUUAUUUAUUUCACAAAAAAAGAGGUAACAUUUAUUUUUCAUUUUAUUACAAAGAAAAUCAUCGAAUUAAAAGUUUAAUUAAUAAAUACUGAUUAUAAAUUAAAUUAUACAAGGCACAUUAUUUGUUAGCUAAAAUUAUUUUACUUUACUCAAUUGUUUUUUUAACAAGUUAAAAGAAAAAAAAUUUCAAAAAAAACUUUGGUAAUAUUUAUGCAAAGGAAGCACAAUAUUAUUUAACUUGAUUAUUAUUUUUAAAAUAUUAAAUAUUAUUUAAAAAUUAAAAAUUAAUUCUAAUUAGAGAGACAAACAGAAAAAAAAAAAAAAAAGCUAACUUAUUGUAAUAAUCAUACUAAUUAACAUUAUCUUAUAUUAUAUAAAAAAUAUUUU